AUGGAUGAUCCCACAUUGUACUUAGAAGCUCAUGAGUUACAAAGAAACGACGCUGAAAACUUUUAUCAGGAAUUUGCAUCAAAAAUUCAAUGGCGUACAGAUGGCUUGGAUACACUCAUUGAUGUGGGUUCAGGUCCAGGAGAUAUAACCGCAGAUAUUAUAUAUCCCCUUAUGCCAGUCAACUUUCAGCGACUGGUAUUCUCCGACAUUAAACCCAGUAUGGUGAAAUAUUGCAAACAGAAGUAUACCCAUCUGGAAAAAAGUGAAUUUCGGGUUUUGAAUAUUGAAACCAGUGAUGAUCUUCCAAGCGAUUUAGAAGGAAAAUUUAAUCAUGUUACAUCCAACUACUGCUUGCAGCUUGUCCCCAAUUUAGGGCAAGCUUUUCGUAAUAUCUAUAAACUUUUGCGUCCCGAAGGUGGUGAUAUUUUAAUCAAUACUGCACCUUAUGUGGCCGUCUUUGAGGGUUACACCAGUCUCAGUAAGCAAGAUAAAUGGUCUGCCUAUUUGUAUGGCAUGGAAGAAUACACCUCUUCGCUACAAAAUGAUGAUAACCCUCGACAACACAUGCUGGACUUGUUGGCGGACGUUGGUUUUACUGAUUGUUUUGUCGAAACUAGGGAGCGUGAUUAUAAAUACACCUGGGAUGCAUUCAAAAAAAAUAUGCGUGCCAUAUCUCCUUAUAUACAUCGCAUUCCCGUGACUAAAAAAGAUGAGUUUAUGAAUGAUUACGCUGAGGCAAUGGCUAAUUUGGAAUGGGAGUAUAGUUUAUAUAACAAAUCUGAUCGGACGAUUCGCAUGCCCUACAAGCAAAUGGUGAUAUAUGCCAGAAAGUCACCAAAGCAAGAGAUAUUGGGAAAUCACUCACUCAACUAA